AUGAGCAGCAAUAAUGGCAAUGACCAGGAGCCAAGAGCAACGCCAGCAGCAGCAGCGGCCACAUCAGCCGGAGCGGAAGCCCAUACCGCUCCAACCGGAAACGGAACCCGGUUAUCCCGACCUGCCACUGCACCGGCUAGCAGCAGCAGCAGCAACAAUAACAACAACAAUAAUGCAAACAGCAACAGCACCAGCUUGUACAGGGUCAACCUGAGCAACCUUAACAAUAAUGGCCACCUGCCGCAGGCCAGCAACAAUAAUCACCAUGAGAGCAGCACCACCAGCCACAGCACCACCUUGGUGGUUAACACGGGUAGCAUGGUCUCAGCACAGGCAACUCCUGCCGCAACAGGAGCCACUGGCAGCAGCAGCAGUAACAACAACCACAUCUAUGUGAAUCCACACAGCUAUGACAGCAGCACCAACGGCAGUGCCAGUGGCUCCACAGCAGUGAUGUUGCCACUGCCACAAAAAGCAACAACAUCGGCAGCAGGAGCAACAUCAGGAGCAGCAGCAGCAGUAGCAACAUCAGCAGCAGAUACCCUAAGCAGCACAGGUGCCAUAAGUCGAAUGACCGGAACAGGAACCCUGAAUGGAACUCUGACAGGAACCGGAAAUGGAACCUCUACCUCCACCACACUGAGCACCCUAAACACAUAUCUAUUUCCCUGCGGCGCCGAUUCCGCCAGCAGCUGUGAUCUGGACAGCAACUUUAGCCAGAUGCUGGGCGGCGGUAGUGAGGGAACUGGUACGGGCACGGGCAGUUCCCUCAGCCAGACAACCUCAACGGCCCCGGCGGGACUCGGUCUGGGUGUCCAGCUGGGAUUGGGCUUCAUCAAUAGCCGGCGGCGCAUACGCCGUUUGUUUGGUGUGGGCGAAAUGCCCACAAAUGUGACCGCCACCCCAUCGACGCCUUAUGCGGCAGCUCUGAGGAGACGCAGCUCCCAGCUGAUGCAACUGACCAAGAAGCGAGAGAAGGAGCUGGAAGAUCUAGAGCAGCAGCAGAGGAUAGCCACAGUGGCAUCGGCGAAUGCAGCCUUUUUGGAACGCAGAGAGCAGCAGCAGUUGCAGCAGCAGCAGCAGCAGCAGUUGCAGCAGCAACAGCAAAUGCAGCAGCAACAACAGCACCUGCAGUUCGUCAACUUUAAUCCUCUGCAGCCGGAGAUGCAGAAGAAAAAGAAAAAGAAGCCACCAGGACCACCGGCACAGGCACGUCAACAAUCGUCCCGCACCAUGGAUGAUCCAUUGAUGAAUCGUCCCAGGAAGAGCACGCCCGCCCAGCAGAAGAAGAAGGAGAAGCAGCCAGAGAAUCCCUAUGAGAAGUACCCAACAUCACAAAACCAAAUCCAGCACCCGCAGCUCUUAAGCCACUUAAGCCUCACAAAGAAAAAGAAUUUUAAAAAAUGA